AUGAACGAUGAAGUUCAAGAUGUACAUAUUAAUACAGAAAAAAUAACUCUCAAAGAUAAAAACUUAAACACCUCCGCUGAUUUUUUUUCCAUUAAAAAAAAUAAUUUUAAAAGUUUUUUUAAUCGGCUCCAUUAUGGCUGCAUAGCGGAUACUAAAAAGGACAAGCAGAGAAUACCAAUAGUUACUAGAACAAAGCUAACUAAUGUUUUUGGACUUUUGCUCCACAGUUUACUAGAAAAUAAUAACACCGAUAUUGAUAAAUUUAAACACCAUAUUAGUCUAAGAUUUUUAAAUGAAACUACUUUUAACAAAAAUGUUGAGCAGCAAAUACUUUAUUAUGAGAGCACUAAGAAUCAUUCUAACAGAAAUAAAUAUGAAGUUCAAGUAAACACCGUUAUAAUCUCAAGUCCAUCAAAAAUUUAUAGAAUAAAAUCAAAUAUAAAACUUCCUCUCGUAAACAAUAACAAUAUUAAAGUCUAUUAUUUAGAAUACAAAAUACAUCCCCAUUUUCUAAAAAGUUGCAAAAUAUACGAAAAGUACGUGAUUUUGUCAGAUAAGGGAAAUGCUUAUGGAGAUAAUAUGUUGGUUAACAUCAAGUCUGAUUUUAAACCAGCAAUCAAGCCUAAUAUCAACAAUAUUGCCCAAUUCGAUAAGAUUAUUAUUAGAAAAAAUUCUGCUAAACCUAGGAAUUAUUUCAAUAUCAAAGACCAAGUAAAUAAUAAAAAAAUUCAAAAAACAGAGGAAUUAAUUAAAUAUAUGUAUCUAGAAAAACUUAUUUUAAGUGGCGACUUAAUCCAGAGUCGAUAUAAUAUGAAUAUUGUUAAAUCGCCAAAUAUUGAAUUGAAAACAUUAACAAAUGAUAAAAACGGUUCGAAAAGUACCGUCAGAAAAAAAAAAUUUAAUGUCGAUUGUGAAGAUAUUUAUAAGCAGACAAAGGUCUCAAAUAAGGAGAAUUAUAACGACACAAGUUUGUUAGUAGACAUAAAUAAAUUAUCCUUACAUGAAUUAUUUUGUUAUGAUGAAGCUGGGUUUAAAACGCUUAUGCCACUUAAUUCAACCUUGCAAAAAUAUGAAUUAUUGUAUAGAAAAAAUCAAAUAUUAUUGAAAGAAAUAAGCAAAACGCUGGAAAAAGUACAAACUUUGAGCAAAAUUUUGAGUAAAUACGAUGAUGGCUGUCACUUAAGAACCACUAUUAAUAAUAUUUUUAAUCAAAGUGAUAAGGAUAAAACAAUAUUUUAUAAAGCUUUGAAUGAAAAUUUAGAUAUGCAACUAUAUUUAAAAUGGUGGAAUAGUUUGAGUACAUUACAGAAACUAAGAUUAAACGCUAGGAAAAAAAGAAUGGAUCUUAAACAAUCUUUAUUUUGA